AUGGGAGUUUGCUCAGCUCGCCCUAUAAAAGACAGUUCAAAACAGUUUCCGACAAAAAUGAAGCUGCAACUUCUCCUUCUCCUCCUCUUCUUCGUGGUCACCAGCUCAGCUUUCACGCCUAUAGGAGGUGGACGUCGCAGACCGAAACCGAAGCCACCUCAGCCGCAGCCGCAGCCACGUCCUCCUGCCACUCCUCCAACUACUACUAAAGAACCUCACCAACCCUUCCAGCCGCAUUGGGGAAAGAAAUAG